AUGUCUUUCGCUGGCGCCUCCAUUGUUCAUGCCGGCAAGGUGCUGCAACAGUCGGUGACUUACCCCGGCACAGACAGCAGCAGAUGCUAUCACCUGCUUGUCAUUGAAGGCUACUCGCACAUCAAAGAUAAGCUAACUGGGAAUGGAAUUACAAGUCGUCCUUUCCAAGUUGGAGGAUAUUUGUGGUCAUUAGCGUUCUAUCCAAAUAGUACCAUCUCAAAGCAUGCUGGUUAUAUGUCUGUCUUUUUGUGCUUCGACCAGAAAAAUGUUGAACAACCUGUGAAGGUGGAUCUUCGGUUUAGCUUCAUUGAUGAGCUUGACAAGCAGGAGCAUGGACACAUAUCCCAAGUAGUUGAAUUCAAAAGUGAUGACUCAGUGUGGGGUCGUCACCGUUUCAUGAAAAUAGAGGAUCUGGAGCAGUCAAAACACAUAAACAAUGACUGUUUCACUAUCAAGUGUGAUUUGAACAUCAUGACUUCCUGCAUUGAGGUGCCGCCAUCAAACAUAAUUCAGCAGCUAGAACAUCUCCACUUGGCGGAGGUCUGCACCGAUGUGACGUUCGAGGUUGGCUACAAGACAUUUACAGCUCACCGCUUCAUGCUCGCAGCCCGUUCCAGCGUGUUUACGGCUAUGCUCUCAGGUCCGAUGAAGGAGACAACAACUGAUACUAUACUGAUAAAAGAAAUGGAACCGGAUGUGUUCAAAGCCUUGCUUGAUUUUGUCUACACAGACUCGAUGCCUAAAAUGGAGGCGGGAGGAGAAGCAGGAGAAGACGGCGCUGAGGUUGUGUGGCUAGUAGAAUUGCUUGCCGCGGCUGACAUGUAUGAUUUUCAGAGGCUCGUGUCAUUAUGUGCAAAGAGACUGUCAGAGUACACAAAACUGAGCUCUGUGACGGACAUCCUUGAUUUAGCUGAGCAGCUCCACUGCUACGGACUAAAUGAGGCCUGCGUGGAGUUCAAAGAUUUGUGA